CGACAAAUCUACAAACGUGUUCCAGUCGUCAGUCGUGACGCGAUCGUCCACCGAUGCGUACGAUACGUCAAACACAUUCCAAAUUCCAAAUGAAAUGAAAAAAACAAUGAUGUUCCACGAGAAAUUAGACAUCAAACUGAUACGCCUGGUGAAGGACAACCCCGUAUUGUACGACCACAAUCAUGUUAAAUACAUGGACUUCAACUCCAGGGAAGUGGCGUGGCAGAAGAUCGGCGACGAACUCAAAAGAUCGGCUGCUGAUUGUAAAGUGAGAUGGAUCAAUAUCAGAGACGUAUACAGGCGCAUACUAAGAAAAAGCUUAGAAAUAGGCGCGCGACAGAAAUGUUACAAAUAUGAAAAUGAAAUCGCAUUCCUAAGGCCCUUCUACAAAGACGUUACCCUCCCAAUCGAAGAGUUCGAGUCUGAUGAUAGAAGUAACAACGGAAACGAGGAUUGUGGAGAUAUAGGUAUCCCUGAUAGUGAAAACUCUGAUGAGUGUGACAGGAAACCGAAACUAACCAUGCCCAAAACAUCGAAAAAGAAGAGGAAAAAGAGAUAUUCAGAAGUAGUCGUCGAUCCAGUGAGUACUCCGUCGUUUUCUGAAGUAACAGUCCCCACAGAGUUUGACGCUUCAGAUCCGGUUGACGCCUUUUUAAUAAGUAUCGGUGCGACUUUGAAAACGUUUUCGCCGUAUCAUUUGAAUUUGGCGAAGAGUAAGAUAUUUUCGGUCGUUCAGGAACAUGAUCUACAACAAAUAGUUCAAAAGGAUCAACAGAGUGAGGGCACGCCACAUGAUAUUAAAAUUACCACAACAGAGGCUAUUUAUAUGCAAUAAUAUUGGAAAAAAAGUAGUCAACGUCGUAGCUGAGUCUGUUAAACUCGCGAUAAAUUUGAAAACUUUUGAACGAAUUUUAAUGCAGUUUUAUGCAUGCAGGUAGAGUGAUUCGUAAAUAAGAUUAAAGUAUAUUAUAAUUUGUUAAGUUUUUUUGUAAAUUAGUGGAAAUUUCAAGAUUUUUUGAUUUUGAUUUGUUGAAAGUGUCGGGAAAAGGUAAGCCGCCUGUAAGCUUUUAUCAAUAACGCUACGUAAUUAUGACAAAACAUUGCAAGUUUGCGAUACUAUGAUAUUAAAUUGAAAGUUUACACCGAAUUAGUUGCUGACAAAGUCCAGGGCGUCCACUAUAUAAUAGCUGAAAUAUAGCUUUCAAAUGUUGAACAUUUACUACAAGUUGCCUUAUAUCGCAACUUUAAAUGUGUAUUCAACUUUAAUUAUCUAAAAUCCUUACUAAUAUUAUAAAUUCGAAAGCAAAUCUAGUUGCGUUUGUCUAAUUUGUAGUGUCUAUUAUUAUUAAAUUGAUGUACAUGAAAGUUUAAUAAAUACUUUAUAGUUAUAAUAUUUUAUGUAUGUAUUUCAAAACCUUAGAAUUAUUAAUUAAAGAAAAAUACUUUACGAAAAAAUAUUUUUAUUAAUAAAUGUGCAGAAAUGAUUGUAUAUUAUAAUUAAUGUACCGACUUCUUCUUAUUGAAUAAAUUAAAUUCUUGUCUGUUCAA